CGUGCGUACGCAGGCAACGUCUGCUCCCGCGGACUUCCAAACGUUAUGGCGCCCAUGUUGGAGCGGUUUGCGAGCCCAGGCAAAGGUAAUUGCUUGCGGGCGACGACUACAAUCAAAAGCGGAAAGUUGCUUUUCUCUGCCGAUCCACUGGCGAGCUGUGUGUCGACAAAAGUGGCCAAAGAUGUGUGCCAUCGCUGCUUCGCGAGGCAUGAGACCCUGUUGCGAUGUUCCCAGUGCAAGAUGGCUCGUUACUGCAACAUCACCUGCCAGAAACAAGCAUGGUCCGACCAUAAGAGGGAGUGCAAAUGUCUGCAGAGCAUCCUUCCCAGGAUUCCGACCGACUCCGUCCGACUGGCUGCAAGAAUAAUUUUUGCUUUGAUGAAUCCAUCAAAGAGCGGGAGUGAGGAGCUCUACUCUUUGAACGAACAUGAAUCACACCUGAGCUCUAUGUCUGAGCAGAAGAAACGAGGCCUAUCUCAGCUGGCAUCCAUGCUCGAAAUCUACCUACAACAGGAAGUGCCUGAACUGGCUCUGGAAAUGACGUCGGCCCUGCCACAGUCCUGCGGACGGCCCCUUGACCUGAUUGCAAAGGUGACAUGUAAUUGUUUCACUAUAAGUGACGGGGAGCUGCAAGAGAUUGGAGUUGGGCUGUAUCCCAGUUUAUCGCUGCUAAACCAUGACUGCAGGCCAAAUUGUGUGAUGGCGUUUGAAGGAACAAAGCUCCACCUGAGAGCUGUUCGGGAUAUCAAACCUACAGAGGAGCUAACAAUUAGCUACAUAGAGACACUGUCAUUGACGGAAGAACGCCAGAAACAGCUGGAGGACCAGUACCAUUUCACAUGCCGCUGCCAGAAAUGCGACUCCCAAUACACAGACACACUCAUGCAGUCUGGUGAGCGGGCAACGUGGCAGAAGUUGAUGGAAGCUUUACCGAAAUUAGAAGAAUUGCAGGCAGCCUCAGAGUGGCAAACGCUUCGAGAGAGUUGCGCCCGUCUGUUGUCAACUGAGGGUGCUGAUGUGCCCGAUGAAAACCUGUACAAGCUCCGACUGACCAAUAUGGCUCUGGAUGCUGCCGUUCACCUCGGUCAUUGGGAGGAAGCCACAACACUUGGGGAGAGGACUCUUCCAAUUUACAGACGGUACUACCCCGAUCCCCAUCCCGUCCAUGGAGUCCAGCUGAUGAGAGUUGCCAAGCUGCAACAUUAUUUGGAGCGCAUUCAAGAUGCUCUGAACACCUUCAAACAGGCUUUUGAAAUCCUCAAGAUCACCCAUGGUAUUGAUCACCCCUUGGUGGCUGAUUUGUUGGUCAAGAUGGAAGAGUGUCGCUUUGAGAUCGAUCAAUAAUUAAACUUGAUUAUACAGUAUAAUGUAGCAUUCAAGUCGGCUGUAAUAUGUCCACCCCCCCCCCUUUUUUUUAUUAACCCUUUCAGGGACAGUGGUUACUCACGUGGACAGCUAUUCACAUUUUGUGUCUCUCAUAUUUAUUACUCUUAAUGUCACAGUUGUGCAUCAACCACUACUAUGGACCCUGAUGGGCAUUGCCAUCCACUGCACUUAUUUUUUUUUCCUCCGUGCCUAAAGACUAAUAAAAACAUUUAAGAACAAAAA